AUGGAGUUUGCGGAGAAGGCAAGGCCAGCUCUCAACGACCAGAACACUACCGACGCCGACAAGUCUAUCGUAACCCUCCGCCUCCAUCAUUCCCACGAAGUCUUCACCUACUCCGCGAAUCGUUCUUCUCUGUGCGCCGAGUCUAAGUGGUUUCGCACUACGCUUUCCGAAAGAUUCAACAUAAGUCCACCGAACUCCCCUACCCGACUUCCUGAGUCGCUCGAAUUCUACAACCUCCCCAAACCCGCGUUCGAACAAAUUGUCGCCUUCUUCUCAACUGGAGUUUAUGACCCUCACCCCUACGACAGUGGCAAUGAAGACCCGGUCGCUUUUAUCCUGAAGCUCCACUUUCAACUCUACCACCUAGCGCGAGUUUAUCAAGUUCCCGAGCUCGAGCGCCUGGCCUUCGAAUCCUUCAAACAGGCUGUGGCUGCCCCGACAUCCACUCCAGCUCGUCCCUAUCACACGGCGCUUGCGGCUGCCAUUCGUUGUCACUAUGAAUAUGUUGCGACUCAAGAUACUAUGGGCGAUCUGAUGGUAAAUAUUGGGAUGGAUAGCUCGAACGGGUUCGUUCAAAGCGAAGAGUUCAGAAGGCUCAUAGAUGAGGUUUCGAAGUAUGCGGAGGCGGUUCAGAAGAAUUUGGAGAUGCGGUAUUGUACCUUCUACGGGUACAACUGCCCGAUGUGA